AUGAACGGACCAUCUUCAACCGAGCUCUCAGCGACGCUGGACUUUUUAACGGACGCAGCCCAUCUGCUGGCAACGACAGCGCCAGAGACUUCGGCGUUCCUCAUGAGCCAAAGAGGCAACCUGAUGUUUGAGAACGAACUGCCCCAGUCCGACGUUCAGAGACAGCACGUCUGCAGUUGCUGCGGCCAUAUCAUGAUUCCCGGUCACGGAAGCACUUUGAAAUUUGAACACCAAAAAGCCGUCCGCAAGAGAUUAAGAGCAGGCCAAAAGUUCACCAAGACGCCUGUCCAGACGAAGCAACAGAUUCAAGAGUCUCGCAAAGGGCCAGUUAAGCGCAUAACAUGCGGCCACUGCACAAGGCAAACUGAGAUCAAGUUCCCAGCCCCGGCUCCUAUCUCGAGGCGCAGCAUCAACUUGAAGACUCAACCACAACAACAAGCCCCAAAGACAACAACCGGACUAAAGCCAAAUGCGGCGCCUACCCUGGGAUCUCUUACUGCGCUCUCCGCACAAAAGCCAACCCCUUCUUCCAGUGCAAAUAGCAAAAAGCGUGCCAAGUCCAGGAAAGCCGGACUUCAGGCCUUGCUCGACCAGUCCAAUGCGUCCAAAUCCUCGAGGCCUGGUCUUGGAUUGAGUCUGGCCGAUUUUAUGCAGAAAUAA